AUGUUCUCCAGUGAGAUACGCCCCGGCACCUUGACAGUUCCAUGCAAUUGUGUUCAUAUCUUCUUACUGGGUGGUUUCUGGGACACCACCGAACCUGAUACAGUAGAAGAAGUCUUGCUUAAAGCAGAAGGAAAUACCUCUUUACGAGGGAGAGUGGAGGAAGUGGAGGGUCUAAGACGCUUACCCCUUCCGAGCUUCUUGGGGGAUGGUCUGGGACGGAUAGCCUGGAGCUUCCUGGAUGCACGGGAGCUCUUUACAUCUGGACUUGCGGCCUUCUUAGCUUUCAAGGUCGUUGAGGUCUUGGAAGGGGCACUCCUCUUCCUCUUUUGUGCCUUGUCUUCCACGGUUGCUUGUGCCAAUGGCUGGUUUAAAGCAUUGUCUGGGGAGAGUUGA